AUGACGCGCUUAGCUCUAGUCGUCGCCAUGCUCCCUCUCGUCCUGCUCCUUCUUGGCUCGUCACAGCCCGCCAGAAUGCUCGCAUCCGCGCAAUCCGUGCACGGAUCAUCUGACGUGUUCUCUUCUGGCGUCGAUUCGUCCUUGGAAAGAGAGCUGUCGGCGGCGGGACUCACGGGAUUCGCUAGUCUUAUCAAGCACGCGGGACUCAUGCCAGAGGUCGAACUCCGCGCGCGAUGCGGAUCCGCGCUGACCGUGUUCGCGCCGACCAACGUUGCGCUCAUGCGCGCGGACCCCGCGCUCCUCGCGUUCCUCAAGCUUCCGCGCAACGCCGCGCUGCUCCGCGACGUGCUCCUGUACCACGUGGUCGCGCGGCCCGUUUCCGCGUUCGCAUGGGAAGGCUCGUACGAGACGCUCCAGGGCGCGCCGAUCGCGCUCCACGUGGACGCACUGGCGUUCCAGGUCGGCGGAACCAGCGUGAAGCAAUACCGCGCGCUCACGCUCUCAUUGACUCCCCUCUCCCCUGAAGAGUGCCUUUCCGGUAAAGCCGCAGAUUCCGCCGCCGCGUCCGCGCAACUAAGCGCCGACGACGCGGGGAGCAGCACGGUCGUGGUUCACACCGUCAACGCGCUUCUCCUGCCUCCCUCCGUCGACGAAUUACUCUCUCUCAGCGCCGGCGAUCUCUCUAUCGUUGGCGGGAUGGGCGAAGGCGGACGGCAACUCGCUGAAUCGUCGGGCCGCACUCUUUUCUCCGCGACCCCCGCCUCAUUCUCCGCCUGCUCCCGCGCUGCAUUCUCGUCCGCGGAGCUGGCGCGCGCUACCGCCACGCCCGACGACCCCCUGCGCGGAUUCGCGGAGGCGAGACUCGGCGCGCUUAGCGGUCCUAAGACACGCCCCACCAGGGGGUUCCACUCUCGCGGGCACGAAGGUUCCGCGAAAUGGGAUGCUGCGCGCGCGGUAGACUUGCUGUAG